UCUCCAGUCUACCUUGAGGUACCAACCGACAAAGAUACGCUUUCGUCUUGUCGAUUUUUGUUUUUUCAUAACACUGUGUGAGUUUCUUUUAAAGAAAGAAAAAAAUUAUCGUUUGGUUUUCGUCACAAAGUUACGCCAUCACAAUUUGAUUCCGGCAAGUGUUGAGUCACCCAACUAGUUUUUUCUUUAUCUUCAGUUUUUGGGGCCGAGCUUAUUCCUUCCCUUCGUUGAGAACAUUCGGAGGAUGCAGCAAUUGAUUGCUUUGCUGCUUCUCGCACUGGCGACCUUUGCCUUCGCAUCCAAUUUCACAGGAGGAUUCGAAACGACGGGACGGUGCCCCACGAAAAUACGGGACCCGGACCGAUGCCCGCCCGCUUCCGACCGAACUGACGAGUGCACGACCGAUCAGCAAUGCAACGGUGAAUCGAUAUGCUGUUCAGUCGGAUGUAGGCGCGUCUGCGUCAUGCCACUUUUGACGUCUUGUGAACGUCAGCGCGUAGAGAUGGUGAAACGGGCCAGGGCGUUGCAGUUGUCCAGCAACGAAAUCAGUUUGCCAAAUUGCGACCCGGUUGGCGAUUACGAACCGGUUCAAUGCGAUCCGCUCACCGGUAACUGUUUCUGCGUCGAUGAAUCCGGUUUCGAAUUGGCCGGAACUCGCGCCCGUUCUCUCGAUAUGGUCAACUGUACCAAUCCGAAACCGUGCGCUGGACUACUUUGCCGCAUGCUGUGCCCUUAUGAAUUCGAGCUGGACAGUGAAGGUUGCCCGUUGUGCCAAUGUCGCGAUCCCUGCCGCGGGGUCAAGUGCCCCGGAUCGCAGACCUGCCAGCUGGAGGAGACGCCGUGCGCCAAGGAGCCAUGUCCACCUGUGCCCACCUGUAAGCAAGCGAGAAGCGCCGAGGAUUUGUGCCCGACAGGUGUUCCACUAACGAUGCCCAGUGGCGAUCGACCAUUCCUCUGCGGCUUGCAAGUUGGUCAGCCUCAAUGCCCGAAGCUCUUCGAUUGUAUCGUUCAGCCAGGUGCGGACUACGGUGUGUGUUGUAUGGCCGCCGAUCGCAUCACCAAGCCGGGCACUUGUCCAGCUGUUGAUGAACAAUCGAAUUCAACGGUGUGCGGCGUUCCGUGUGCUAACGAUAUGGAAUGCCAAGGAGCGGACAAAUGUUGCCCGAGUGUGGAUAGUUGCGGAGAUAGCGGCCAUUGCGUUCCACCUGUCAACUUCUCUCUUUGCCUCCAGCAGCAGCAAAUCGCCCGACUGCUCAGUUUGACAGAGAGGGAAGGCAAGGGAUACGUCCCGCAAUGCGACGAAGACGACCAACGAUUCACCGUCCGCCAGUGCAGCCGAAACGGACUGGUUUGCUGGUGCGUCGAUCCCGACCUAGGCAUCAAAGUCAAAGGAUCCAUGGGAUCCGCCCAGGAUGUCGUCUGCGACGGACAAGCCAAUGCAGUGGCCCGGUCGUCGAGAUGCAGCUCGUCCGUCUGCAGUUCCACGUGCGACUACGGAUUCAAGACGGACGGCCUCGGAUGCGCAACGUGUGAAUGCGACAAUCCUUGCGAACAGCUGACCUGUCCAGAAGGUGAACAGUGUCUGUUGAAACGCGAUCCGUCGUGUUCGGCUGGACUUAAAAAAUGCCCGAUGACUCCGCAAUGUCGUCGCAUUUUCGUCCCGCCUUGCGCGUUUGGUAAACAUCUGACCAACGAAGCGACCGAAGAGCCAGUCAACUGCACGGUCGGCAGCAAAUUUACAUGCCCUUCCGGCUACCACUGCAGUUUCAGCGUGCCUAAUAAUGCCUCCUACUGUUGCCCGGCAUCUGCGUCUUCCGGCGGAUCUAAGCAGAAGAUAGCCAUGCCCGAAGACGAUGGCCGUCUCCCGUCCAUCUGCGAAAUGAUGAAGGAAGUGGCCGACGGACGUAAACCGGCCGAGCCCGGCUACAAUUUAGUCUUCAAAAAUCCUCGUUGUACGCCACAGGGUGAAUUCGAGGAACAGCAAUGCGAUGACGACGGACAGUGUUGGUGCGUGGACGAGUUCGGCGUCGAAUUGGCCGGCACUCGCGGCUUAGCUUCGCAGAGGUCGGCUUCGAUAUGCGUGAAAUUGCGUCACAACACGGACAGCGAUUGCCCGGGGCUUCUGUGCCGUCUCGGUUGCGACUACGGUUUCGCUGUGGAUAACUCCACCAACUGCCCGUUGUGCGAAUGUCGCAAUCCUUGCGACGUCCUCAACUGCCCAGAAGGUCAGGAAUGCCAACUCGUCGUUUCGUCUUGUCCCGAAGCGCCGUUCUGCCCGGCAUUGCCUUUCUGCACGACUGUCCAGCGCAACAGGGAAGACACCAAUAUCCAGGAAGAAGAAAUUAAAGAAGAAUUGAUCGCGGCUUGUCCGAUCGGUGAUCCUUACGUCAAUCCAGCUGACAACAUCACUCUCCAGUGCAAUCCGCGCAGUCGAGCGCUUAGUUGCCCUGAGGGCUUCUCCUGUUACAACGAGAACAACUCGGCCGACGGUACGUGCUGCCCUAUCCAGCAUCUGAUCAAAGCUGGACAGUGUCCUUACCUCGUCCCUAUUUCGGUGGACAGCUGCGACAGCGAAUGCUCAGCUGACGAGGAUUGCGACGGCCAAUUGAAAUGCUGUUCCAACGGUUGCGGAACCCAAUGCGUCGAGCCUCUCAUCAAGACGGCCUGCCAGCACACGCAAAUGAUCAUGAAAUACAAAGCCAGGGAGAAUGGCGUGCCGGCCAAUCGACUUUUCAUUCCGCGAUGCCGGCCCGAUGACGGAGCAUUCGAGUCCGUCCAGUGCGAUCCCGUCACUCGCGCGUGUUGGUGCGUUUCCCCCGACGGCAGAGAAAUGGCUGGAACUCGAGUUCCCCCAGGUCUUCAACCUCAAUGCCACAUCCCGAGAAGCUGCCCGGCUCUGACUGAAUGCCCGGACUUACUCUGCUCUCCUCACGGAUAUCAAUUAGACACUUCCGGCUGUCCGGUUUGCGCUUGCCGCAAUCCUUGCGAUGGUGUUGAGUGCCGUUCCCCAGCCGAAGAAUGUCGCCUUGUCCAGGUGAACUGCAUACGCGCGCCUUGCCCACCUCUGCCCGUCUGCCUUCCCAGACUGGACAACCCUUGCGCUCACGGCCAACCGCUCAGAGAGCCGUUCACGAAUACGACGAUCCAUUGCGGUCCGAUGGGCUCCAGUUGCCCGUCCACCCACAAGUGCCAUCUAUCACCACUCGGCGAAUUCUCCGUUUGCUGUCCCAAGCCGCGCGACGUCUGCUUCCAGGACAAAUUGCUGGGCUCGUGCAAGGCGUCCAUCUUGCGCUAUAGUUUCAACGAGAAACGCAACCGCUGCGAGGCCUUCCGCUACACCGGCUGCGGCGGGAACAUGAACAAUUUCGAAUCAGAACGCGAGUGCAAGUCCGUUUGUCCCAGCUUAUCGACGUGUGAAGAGCUGCGCGAAAAGAACCUCAAGAUGGCGGAGAAAUUUAAGAAGGUCGUCUUUACACCCAAAUGCAACCGAGCCAACGGUGACUGGGAGCCCGUCCAGUGUCUGGAAGAGGUGGGUAUCUGUUGGUGCGUCGAUAAAGAUGGCGAACACAUCAAAGGCUCGUUAACUCGCGGAUCGCCUACUUGCGGUGUCCGGCAGGCCCGCCAACGGUCGAUAGACCCGCCCAUCUGUGCCGAUCCCACCGCUGUUGUCCAUGUUUGCAAUAAAACCAUUUGUGAAAGUAAGAUAUGCCUGGCCGACCCGAAGGCCGUCUGCCGAGUGGACCCGUGCGGCGGAUGCCGUCAUGCUUUCUACAACCCUGCCACCGGACGCCAAGUAGACUGUGAAGCCGGCCUCACCAAAUGCCAGAGAGAAGUGCAAACGGUCCUGAAUUCAGAGGCUUGGGCCAGGCAAGGCGGACCGUGGAACGCCCAACCACUGGUUGUUUCCACAUCGUCCAGCCCGGCGUAUCAUUACAACCUAAAUGGAUAUUCCGCACUGGAAGAGGACGCUGAAGUUCUACCGGACGCUUUGCUCUCGUCCGUCACCGUCUACAGCAGCCGGCUGAGACGUCAGGUGGAAGAAAAAGAACAAGCGACCGAAGCGGCCAUGCUGGACGCCAUGAAGGAAGCUGCGCCUUCGGAUCUGAUAGCAGCGAUGCUGAAGGAAGCCCAGACGGAAGAAAUGGACGUGGCCAGCGCUACGGAAACCGUUUUUAUCGAGGACACUGCGCCGAAAGAAACGAGAUCUGGAAAACUGCUGGCCAGGCCGGUCGAUGAUGGCUUACUGGACGAGGUGAAGAACGGCUUCGAAUCCCUGGACGACGUGGAAGAGGAAGCCAUUCAACACCGGCCCUUGCCCGCUCUCCGCGAUGCGAUUAAACCCGGUUUCUGCCCGCCCGUUCGAUCACGUACCUUCUUGCGCGUCCUGGCCCAGUUUGCUGGAGGAGCGGCCUGUGCCGAUCAGUGCGUCUCCGACGCUGAUUGCGCUGGACCUACUCGUUGCUGUCCAGGAGAGUGUGGCUCUAGUUGCACUCACCCGGUUCUCUUGCCCACUCCUCUCCUACCCAAGCCGGGCGCUUGCCCAGCACCGACUCAUCCAUUCGGUUGCCCCGCUGACAUCGAGGCCGUCAACGACUGCUCCUCCGACGCCGACUGUUCCGGACGUGCCAAAUGCUGCACCAAUGGAUGCAGUUCUACUUGUACCACUCCUGAAGAAAACAGUUCUGGUCCGUUGAUGAUGUCCAUUUCUCCGCCCGUCUGUACGUUGAAAGGUGACUACGCCCGAGAACAAAGUCAGGGAGAAUUCAGCUGGUGCGUCGACACCACCGGCCAGCCGAUCGAUGACUCGUUCACUCGCGGCUCAGUCCGUUGUUCGCCCAAUGGCGCUGUUUUGGAACAACGAGCUUUGGGUCCCAUUUGUCCCGACCCGAGUGUCCAACCCACCGUUUGCCGGGACCAGUGCCUCCACGCGCGAUGCCCUUUCCAUCCGGAUGCGGUUUGCGUGGCCGAUCCUUGCAACAAUUGCAAAGUGUCUUUCAUCGAUCCGCAGGACAAUCCACUCGAAUGCGUCGACCGUUGCAGUCAGCCAGCAGAGACGGGCCACUGCCGGGCAUUGUUCCCGCGCUAUUUCUACAAUUCCUCUUCCAAAGCUUGCGAAGAGUUCAUCUACGGCGGAUGCGAAGGCAACGAGAACAAUUUCGAAUCACUCCAAGAAUGCAGUCAACACUGCGAAAGGCCCGUGAAUGUCUGUGAGUUGCCUAAAGAGCCUGGUAUGUGCCGGGCCAGUUUCCCUCGCUGGGCUUACAAUCCGGAAACGCAGCAGUGCGAAAAGUUUUCUUUUGGUGGAUGCGGAGGCAACGCUAACAACUUUUACAGCUACCAACAGUGCGCCAGCCGAUGCCCGGACAUGGUCCUCUGCCCUCAGCAGUCACCUUUGGGUGAGAUGACCUCUUGCAGUCGUAACCAAGCUUGCGCUGGAAAUACGUGUCCCAAUCAUCCGGAGGCCACAUGCUCUGUCGAUCCUUGUACUUGCACGCCCGUCUUCUUAGACGCAGAGGGCAACGCGGUUGAAUGCCUUCCAUCGUCUAUGUUAGAAGUUGAGCCACGUCACGCGAAAGACUUCGAGUCAACAACGGCGUCGACAUCGACGACAACAACAACGACAUCAACAACGACAACAACAACGACUACGGAAGCAAGUACAACAUCGACUACAAAAGCCACAACAACAACGACGACUCCAACAACAACGACUACGGAAGCAAGUACAACAUCGACUACAAAAGCCACAACAACAACGACGACUCCAACAACAACGACGACUCCAACAACAACGACCGCAACGCCAUCACCGGUUCUUCGUGGCAAAGCACUAAAUCAUCCGCAUUACACUAGAUGCCAGAAGAUGCGGCAAAAUCAAUUGAAACAAGGAGGAGCUGGUGAAUUGAUCCCGGAAUGUGAUCAUCUCGGUCGAUUUCAGCCGAUUCAAUGUCUUCCGGCAAAGUCAUCGAAUGGUGGCCAUCCGAUCGUCAACUGUUGGUGUGUUGACGAAGCCGGAAACCAAGUGGCCAACACAACUCAGUUCGUUCGAGGAGAACAAACCUGCCGUCUUGUUCCAAUCAUGGCAGUAGCAAUGACUCUCGGUUUCCCUGCAAUGGAUCACGCCCAAGGGGUGAUGGAGAAAGAGGUCCGACAACAAGUUGGUGAGAUCCUCAACGGCCUGUCGGCACGCACCAUGGAACCGACACUCAAAGUGAAAUCCCGAAACGAUGGAACUGUUCUCACUUUCACUCUGGUCGGGGACAACAAAAUCGACGUCGCCUCCCACCUCGAAGAUAUGGUUAAGUCGGGACAUUUAGCCCUGGAAAUGGACGGCCACAGCAUGCCGGCCGAAAGUACGUCAUCGAAAUUUUACCUCAAAUUGGAUUCGACUCUGAAAGAGGCAUCCAAAGCCGAGGCGGUGGAUCGAAGCCUGGAAACGCGAGAGAUUUUGACCCAAGCGCUUGAUAUCGAAGCGCCUUACUUGGCCAUCAUCGUUGUGUUGUCAGUAUUGGCCAGCAUUUUGGUGUGUGGUCUUAUCAUCGGUCUUGUGCUCCACCGUCGCCGUACCACCGGAACAUAUCCGAAAAAUUCCGGUUCGACUUUAGCGUCUCCACCCAAGCCGAACAAACACAAUUUGGACAAAUCCGAUGUCGUGCCCAGGGGAUUUCCACGCGUCGGCAUCAAUCCAUCCGACGUCGUCCAGACGCCCCAGCUUUCUCCAACUGUGCCUAGAAGCAAACGGCAAACUCGCAAUGCCGAGGCUUGGUAAAUAAAAUGAAGACAAAAAAAUACAUGAAACCUAUGUGCCCUAAUUAAUGGAAUAAGAAGUCCUUGAUUGCGAGCUGUGCUCGAGUAGGCUACAAAACACCGCCGGACGAUUUAUAUAUAUUUUUUUUGCAAGACAAUGUAAAUAACUUCGAUAUCCCAAUGAUACAAAAUUCUAACAGACGAUUCGAAGCUAUUUUUUAUAAAUUUUUUGUUCCAUCUUUUCUCCUCCGUCUUCAGGAGUUCAAUUAUUCAAGUUUGUGGGUGUGAUUGUAGGUAGACUUGCCCCACGAUCAUCUUUUCGCAGAUCAAUCUUUUUUCCGAUCAAGGUUAAAAGAGUUGAUCUGCGCUCAACUUAUGUGGAAAGAGAUCUGAUCUCCGCUCAAUCUUUUCCAAGAUCACAGAUCAUUAUUUUCGCCAUCUAACGGUAAGAAUUGUAACUCUCAGCCUAUUCACGUUUCAUUCAGCAAUCAAAAACUGUCCAGACGACGGGGACAAAAGUAAUAGAAUGUCGACAACUUUAUGUGUUUACUGUGUCAUGCUGAUUCCAAAAAAUUUUCAUAGAUAUCACUUUGGAUUCCAAAAUUGAUUUGGUUCGGUGUUCGGAGAUCAAAAAUUUUUUAUCCGGGAACAGAUCGAAAUCAUUUUGCAAAGGUUUGAACCCAGAUAAAAAAUUUGAUAGAAAUUUGAUUCCUGCUCGAAAAUUAAGCCAGCUCAGGGCAACUCUGCAUUUCCUAUAUACCAACAAUUUAUAGGCUGGCAUCUAUUUAUAAACAAUGAAUUUAGUCUAUUCUUCCGGCAGUGCAUCGUACCUUCUUUUUGUUGUGUGCUGUUGUUAUUUUUCAAAUUUUGAAAAAAAAGAAUUGUCCUACACGCGUGAAAUUUAAGAAAAUAGCAAAUACAUGUGAAAUGAAUAGACUCAA